AUGAGAUCGCACACCGGAGAAAAACCUUACAAGUGUCAAAUUUGUUUUAAAGAGUUUACUCAGAAAACAAAUUUAAAUCAACAUAUAAAAGUUCAUACUGGAGAAAAACCUCACAAAUGCGAAAUUUGUCAUAAACAGUUUACACGUAAAGCUCAUGUAAAUGAACAUGUAAGAGUUCAUACUGGAGAAAAACCUCACAAGUGUGAAAUUUGUUUUAGGCAAUUUCCUUAUGCAAGUUCUUUGAAACAGCAUACGAGAGCGCACACCGGAGAAAAACCAUAUAAGUGCCAAAUUUGUUUUAAAGAGUUUACUCAGAAAACUCAUUUAAGUCAACAUACGAAAGUUCAUACUGGAGAAAAACCUUACAAGUACUGCCCACAAGAAGCGCGCACAUUGGAAAUAUUGACAAUACAUGCACACUCAAAUCACACUGAAGAGAAACCUUACCAGUGCGAAAUUUGUCAUAAACAGUUUGCUCGUAAAUAUCAUUUAGAUAGACAUCAUAUGAGAUCGCACACCGGAGAAAAACCUUAUAAGUGCCAAAUUUGUUUCAAUUCGUUUGCUCAGAAAUUUAAUUUAAAUCAACAUAUAAAAGUUCAUACUGGAGAAAAACCUCAUAAGUGCGAAAUUUGUCAUAAACAGUUUGCUCGUAAAGAAAAUUUAAAUGAACAUAUAAGAGUUCAUACUGGAGAAAAGCCUCAUAAGUGUGAAAUUUGUUUUGGGCAAUUUUCCCAUGCAAGUUCUUUGAAACAGCAUAUGAGAUCGCACACCGGAGAAAAACCUUAUAAGUGCCAAAUUUGUUUUAAGUCGUUUACUCAGAAAACUCAUUUAAAUCAACAUACGAAAGUUCAUACUGGAGAAAAGCUAUACAAGUGCGAAAUUUGUGAUAAACAGUUUAUUCUAGCAUGGUAUUUGAAACAACACAUGAGAACGCACACUGGGGAAAAACCUCACAAGUGUGAAAUUUGUUUUGUGCGGUUUUCUUGGAAAGUUUCUUUGAAACAUCAUAUGAGAUUGCACACUGAAGAAAAACCUUAA